UUCAUUUAGGUCUCCAAAAUACGCACAAGUUAGCUCAUUAAAUGUAGUGGGUGGUGGCGGCGUUGACGAGCCUGUGAAAAAAAAUUCAAACCGAACACAAUACGUACUGUUAACGAACAUACGCAUACCAACUCGUAACUCGUUCACUGUGUGUAUUCGACUCAUCGAAAGUAAAAGUUGCAAUGUAAUCGUAUAGUAGACACCUGUGUGCAUCAAUUCGCGCGUUUUUUAUACCUACCAAUUUUUCGUACUUACUUCGUAUCUUUUUUACCCGUCGCGUUUUCCUCUUCGUAUUUUCAAACAAAUUUCUUCAUUCGAUUACAAAUGAUAUUCUGAUCGAAUUGUCGCAGCAAAAAUAUGUUCGGUGUUUUGACCAAUAUUGUGUUAGUUUUAAGCUCGUGUCGAGUGAUACUCGGUGAUCGAGGAUAUAUACCCAGCGACGACCGCGAUCAAGGAUACAUCGAUCCUAACACUUAUAUCAGAAAUAAUGCUCAAAAUCAACACGUUCAAGAAGUACUGCGAAAGUACAGCCAAGAUGGCCGUUACAGCUCGUCGGCUAACCCGUUAACUGCCAUAAACAAGGAAUUAACCCUCAGCACGCCAGAUCCUCGAUAUUACGAUGCUUCCGCCAAACCCUCCGAUCCUCGAUUCUACGAUACGUCUUCAUCCAGACCAUUAGAUCCAAAUUAUCGAUCUAGACCUUAUGGCUCCGCUACAGGAGUCGGUGACGAAAGAAUCGACAUAAAUAAUAUCGGUCUGCCUGGGUCCAGAUACAGGGAUCCGAAUUACGGAAACAGAGGAUCCGGAUCGGCUGGAUAUGGUACGGAUCGAGAUCGUGACCGUUUUCGUAAUCGAUACGAUGUGUAUUCGGACAAUAACGGCGGUCGAGGUGAUCCUCCUCCUCGUCAGUACUUUGGAAACGAUCCGCAGUAUGCUCUCAGGGAGGAUGAAAUUUUCAAGAUUUUGGCUCAAAUCGACGUAAGCGCUUCGCAGCAGUGUAAUAUCAACGUCAAAACUCAAUGGGAUUUUGAGACCAAUGUUAACGAUGCGUCGCAAAUUAGAGCGCUCGAGCAACAGCUGGCAUACUCGGAAUUUCAAAGAAGAGUUCAUAAUAUAGCGGAAAAAAUCGACAAAUGGGAUAUCAGAGACCUAGAACUGCUGCGUCAGCUACGUUAUUUGUCGGUAGUUGGCCCUUCGGUAUUGCCACCAGAUCAGCUAAACAGAUAUAACCGUCUGAUAAACGAUAUGUUGGCGAUUUACAAUACAGCUACAGUAUGCGACCAAGAAGAUCCGCUAAAAUGUGGUCUGCGGUUGGAAGAUCUGAACGUGAUCAUGGCCAGGAGCAGAGACUGGGAUGAGUUACAACACGUGUGGAUCGAAUGGCAUCGUAAAACUGGCCAACAAAUUCGAGAACUUUACGUCCAGUUGGUCGAUUUAAGCAAUUAUGCGGCCCAAUUGAAUAAUUUCACGGAUACGUCAGAAUAUUGGAUGUUCCCUUUCGAGAUGUACGAUUUUAGAAAUGAAAUGGAAAGAGUUUGGGAUCAAAUUAGGCCAUUGUACGAACAAUUACACGCAUACGUAAGGCGCAAACUGCGUGAUUUGUACGGGCCAGAAAAAAUCAGCAGGGAAGCUCCGUUGCCCGCUCAUAUAUUAGGUAACAUGUGGGGACAAUCCUGGGAAAAUAUUCUCGAUGUGACUAUUCCUUAUCCUGGUAAAAAUUUCCUAGAUGUCACGCCAGAAAUGUUAAAACAGGGAUACACUCCAGAAGCAAUGUAUCGAGUAGCGGAGGAAUUCUUCGUCUCGAUGAAUAUGAGCGCGAUGCCACCAGAAUUCUGGAGUAAAUCGGUAUUCGAAGAAGUUCCCGGCAGACCAGUCAUAUGCCAGCCAUCUGCUUGGGAUUUCUGUAAUGGAAUUGAUUACAGAAUUAAAAUGUGCACUCGUAUUACGAUGAAAGAUUUUGUCACCGUUCACCACGAAAUGGCUCACAUACAAUACUUCUUACACUACGGAAAGUUACCAAAAGUUUACAGAGACGGCGCUAAUCCUGGUUUCCACGAAGCAAUCAGCGAAGCGAUAUCGUUAUCUGUAUCGAAUCCUAAACAUAUGCAAACUUUAGGCUUAGUUUUAACCUCGGUCGAUGAUGUUCCUCAUAAUAUCAACUUUUUGUUCCAUUUGGCCAUGGAUAAAUUGACAUUCUUACCGUUUAGUUUGGCUUUGGAUAUGUGGAGAUGGGACAUAUUCAGCGGAUAUACGCGUAAAGAGCGUUAUAAUUGUCAUUGGUGGGAUUUAAGAGAACGAUUGAGUGGAGUCAAGCCUCCAGUUUUGAGAUCGGAAAUUGAUUUUGAUCCAGGUUCCAAGUAUCACGUUCCUGCAAAUAUUCCCUACGUUGGGUAUUACUUUGGAACAGUAUUGGAAUUCCAGAUUUUCAGAGCUUUAUGCAAAGCAGCAGGUCAAUAUGUGGAAAAUGACGCCCGCAAACCAUUACACAAAUGUGAUAUUUACAGGAGCAGAGAAGCUGGUUCUAUUUUAAGACGUCUUAUGGAAUCAGGUUCAUCUUUACCAUGGCAAGAAACUCUAAGACUGGCAAUCGGUGAAAACAGACUAGACGCUAGUGCAGUUCGAGAUUACUUCAAACCUCUCGAAGAAUGGUUAAGAAAUGAAAAUUUACGUACUGGCGAAUUCGUCGGCUGGGUUUACGAUGGAGAUUAUUGCAAAUAUAGUAUCGAGACUGCGAAUUUACAAGUGUACGGCGGAUUCUACAAUAACUCAAAUGUUCUUUCAUUUUCAUUAAGUUUAUUAUUUAUAAGUUGUUUAACGGUGAUAUUAUCCCAUACGAGGUGGUGGCGACAUCCUCUUUGAAAACCCAAAAACUGUACUUCUCAUCGAGUUUUACUUGUACAUUGACAUCUGGACGUAUGGUUGGGAAACCACCAAGGUACUUCUAUAGCCUCAGCCACCAACUUUUUUAUUACAAGGAGGCUAGCGUUUUGAAAAGUCUGAUGAAUAUUCAAAUUUUUAUACUUACCUAUAACGUAUUUUCUCAUACAUUUUAUUGGAGGUUAGUCGCGUAUCUUAAUUAGGUACGUAGAUAUACUUGAGCGUGGGGACUUGAAGGUACUCGUACCAAAGAUCACCAUGAGUCUUUCAAGUUGAAACAAACUUUGAAGUAAGGAUUAGUGGGGGGGGGGGGAGAGGAUUCGUUGAAGUUGUGAAUCCGUGGCUAUUUUAUAUUGGUCAGGUAUCUUCAAAGACUGAAAGUACAUAUUAAGCAUGUAUGUAUAUUAGGAAAGGUAAAUUUAUCUCAAUAUUACAAUAAACGAAUUGAAUUAAAAUACCUACCUAUCCUUUUUAAUUCAUUACUCGUUGAAGAUUGUUUUAAUAAUGCUAUGUAAACCUAAGCAUGUGUUUGUGUACACACCAAAAAAAAUCAAUAAAAAUUACUUUGCGAAUAUCAAUAAA